UAGUCUCUUUUUUGGGUCAAAUAUUCAUAUAUUCUUGAAUGAUUGUUCUUGUUGUUUUAAUUUAUUUAUUAAUAAAUUGAUCUACUGCAAAAUAGCCGAAGAAACGAAGCGCGAAUAAAAAUGAGAACAAUAUACGAUACUGAUGCCCUCAAAUUCCCACCUCUUAUUUUUCCUGUUUUCGUCUUCUCCAUCUUCUUAUUGUCACCAAAAUUCUGUCAUUCUUUCGAUCAAACAUGAACCACCAUUGUUGUUAUUAUCAUCUUCAUAAUUUGACAUGACACCGCCGCCGCAACUACCAAUCAGAAACAACCACACCAACCUUCUCCAAAACCCCAACAACAACCUCCCAACCCUACCCGAUCUCCUCCUCACGGCCCUCUCCUUCUGUUUCCUCUUCUCUUCCUCUACCACCAGAGCUACCUUCUUCUCCAAAUCCCCAUUUCUUCAUUUCCCUUCCUCCCCUCGCCGCUUUCUCAAAAUCCCCAUCAUGUCCCUCCACCACUUCUCCACCCCACAGUCCCUUUCCGACUGGCUCAAGCCGCGCCUGCUCUCCGACUCUCUGGCCUCCUGGGGGGUCAAGCCCGGCACCAAAAACGUCCACAACCUCUGGCUCGAGCUCUCCGAAGGCGAAAGCUCUCUAGCCGACUCAACCCCUCCGGUUCGAACCGUUCACGUCGUCACGGUACGGAUCAUCGACGAUAAAUUCCGGGUCUUGGUCGAAGCCCACCAAGAAUUAUCGGAUGGUAGCGUCCGAAGCCGAGGCCGGCCCUUAUCGGAGAAAAUGAAACCUGGCGAGGACCCCGAAUCGGCCGCUAACCGGGCUGUUAUGGAAGAGCUCGGUUCGAUUUUAAAAGGGUUGGUGAAAGAUUCGGGAAAUAGUGGCAUUCUAAAAAUUGUUCCGGGUUCGUAUGAGAAGAAGGUCGAGGAGCGUCAUUCGGCGUCGUAUCCGGGCUUGCCGGCAUGCUACGUUUUGCAUUCGGUGGAUGCUUGGGUGGAUGGUUUACCAGAAGGAGAGUUUUGCACUGAGGAGGAGCAUGAGUAUGCGAAUUGCGGAGAGAUGAGUAUUGCUCACGAGGCUGUGUCUGUCAAGAAGCAUUUUUGGAAAUGGGAUAUGAGAGGGGAAAAAAAAAGACUUCUUCACAAAUUCACAAUGUAAUGCGAUAAUGGUAUGUUUCUAUCAAUUGUUGGGUUAGAGAAUGUAUGAUGUAGGUCUUAUUAAGAUACUGCACCUUAAAAAUCCUGUAAGAUAAUGCUAUGAGCUUUUUGGCUACAAUUUAUUGCGUAGUUCA